AUGGUAUUGAAGAAGAAUUCGGAAUGGGAAAAAAUAACGACUGAAUUCAAUGCAAGUCACGGUGUCAACCAAAGGACCUGUAUACAGCUGAAGUCCCUUUGGAAAAAUAUGAAGUCACGGACUGAAUUCAAUGCAAGUCACGGUGUCAACCAAAGGACCUGUAUACAGCUGAAGUCCCUUUGGAAAAAUAUGAAGUCACGGACAAAAUCUGCAGUUGCAAAAGACCGAAGAGAGAGGACAAAAACUGGAGGAGGGCCACAAUCUGAAACAGGACUGGAUACCGUUUCAGCUGCAAUUUCAACCAUGCUUCCUCAGCAGAUUAACAGCUUAUCUAAUGAAUUCGACGACGACGCUAGUUUACAUGGAGAUGUACAACGAACUUCUAGUACUAAUGAAGCGGCAAACCGUGUCACUGAAUCCAAUGAAGCCUCCUCUUCUAGUUCCUCAUCAUCAACAGCAGCAUCGGUAGUUAAGAAGAAAAGGCCCCAAGGUAAUCAAGAGCAGGUUAAAGGCAGGCUCUUCGAGAUGGCAGAAGAAGAACAUGCCGCUAAGAUGAGAAUUUAUAAACUGAAAGAAGAUAUUCUCAAUCUGAAAAAGCGUAAGCUAGAGGAAUCCAUGGCCACUGCAUGUACCAAUGAAACAAGCAAUAGACCUAGUGCAAGUAAAGAAAUUGCAUGGAGACCAUUUUAAUUUGUUUAGGCAAUAAGAAAUGGUAUAUUGA